CACAAGAAAGGUGUGUCUAGGACAGUGUAGAUGUUGUUACUAUACCCUUCUGGGACAAUGAGAGCAGGGUUAGGGGUGAUGAUGUCGGUGUGUAUUAUGCAGGCAGCACGGCCGUACCCCAUACACCUUGACGUGAGCGUGGAUGCUCUUUACUGUGUGCUCAAGGGCCCCGACCUCUCCUGCAACUACACGAAUGGUGAUCAGGUGGUGAAUAUGGUAGAGCAGGUGAACGAAACAGUCCAGAAGGUGUUCGUGUACAACGCUGUGAAGCUGCAGCUGAGUGAAGCUGUGUGUGUCAGUGUUAUGGUGAACAAUGUGGCCGACGUGGUGGUGGUGAAGGGCGAGGAACACCCAUGUGACCGUCACCUUACAUUCUCAGCCACUAACUCAACCUUGAACAGACUGCCCAGCCAGGUGGAUCACGUUCAUCUGCAGGACAGUAACAUCACCUCGCUGGCCGUCAAAGUCAACAUCACACAACUCACUGUCAUCAACUCCAUCAUCAAAGUCCUCGACAUCUCCAGCUUAUUCACUUUUGGUGCCUCCAUUAACUUUGUCUCAACUCACAUAGACACUCUCCAGAGGCUACACGUGACAAAUGGCUCAGAGCUUCUGCUGCAAAGGACAAAAGUUGACGUAUUGUCUCCUCAGGCUGUAGUAAUAGACGGGGGAAACCUGGUGAUGAGAAACUCCUCUGCAAUCACAGUAGCGGAGGAAAGUGUUGUCAUGUAUCCAGGAUCUAAACUCAAUCUAGAACAAUUCUCAGGCAACUUGAGGGUGAAGGCCAUGGGGCGUGUUGGUGCCACGAGUCAGACAACACCAUGUUCUACAAGACGCCCCUGUAACUGUGAGACAGCGACCAGUUAUCUGGGUGCGUUUGUAGCUUGCUUACUGCUACUGAUUGUCUCAGUUAUCAUAAAUAUAUUGGGUGUUGUCUACGUGAAGCGCAACUAUUUACAACGCGACAAUCACAAGACGGAGGAAAGACAACAAGGCCAGCUGGGACCUCAGUCUUGUGUUAAAUAUAGCAAGGGGGAAGAAACACAACUGUUACCACAACAGUCAUCAUCAGACAGUCUCCAGACGUACAAAGACAGUCUGUUACAGUUACUCAAAGAUUUUGAGGAUAAACGGCAAAGAGUAAAAUCCAAACAUGAAUCAUUUAUCUUGGAGUUGAAUAACGCAAACGAAGCUGAGAUGAACGACAAGAAAGAUAAAGCAGACGAAAACUUGGACGAAAAUAUAAAGUUGAAAGAAAAAAAGAUUUUAGACUUGGAGGAAGAGCUAAUAGCUAUUGAUGCUUCAGGAAAAUACGCCGCCAAUAAGAAGGCCCUCGUGGAAGCUAAAAAAGAACUCAUAGAUGCACUGAAGGAGAACGUCAAAGUCAGUAAAUUAAUACUCCCAGAAUCUCAAAAAUUAGUUAAAAGAAAGAAAGUUUGGAGUGAGAAUGAUCAGUGGCUCAAGAAUAUGGCAGAAAUAAGCCAAGAUUGGUUAACACGUUGGAGUGAAACUCGUACAUCUCAUGAUGAAAUUACUACUCGGUUAUCACCUCUUGAGAAGUUAUUUAUAAUUACCGGUGACUUGUUGAGUCGCGAGGUUAAACGCGUGUUAAGAAAGUAUGAAAGUGAGCCUGUACAGACGGAGGUUAAUAUUAAGAAUAUAUCAGAAGAAGAUGAGAUGUUAAAGGAAAGUGUAAAGUGUAAGUACUUGACAGAGAAAGAGAUCUUCGAAAAGGGUCGUGAUAAAUAUAUGAAUGAUCUAAAAAACAAAUAUGAAAUAGAAACUGAUAUAGUUAUUAAACAAUAUUUAACACAUCUAGAGCGUCUCGAGGUUCAUUACAAAACAAAGUUACUAAAAUUAGAUGAGGCUCGCUUGGCAGCUGGUGAUAAGUUGAGUCACCAGGAAGCUCUUGGGCGUAUUCAAGAGAAACACCUGACAGACAUGGAGACAAUAAUGAAUAACAUAUUGGCAGUUCAGAAUUCGCAUACUUUCUUAUUGGAUCAUCUUCGAGUUAAUCAAAUCUUCAACACACAGCUGGACACAUGAAGACAUUGUUUCAAACCAUAUCCUCGCCAGGGUCAGCUUCCAUGUUCACUUGAUUACAUGAUGACUUAAAUGAUUCUCUUCCUAUGCUAUUGUAUAUUUAAGCUACAGUAGUUGACGAUUUUAUUGUAGGUCAUAUAAUGUUGCUGUUGAUACAUGAUGUUUGUUGAAUGCAAGAAACAUCAGGGUCAGGGUCUUUAAAUGCUGGUUGACCUGUUCUUAGGUAACGACUCCGGCGUUUGACAGUUCUAACCCUCGGUUGUUGUUUGUUGUGACCGACAUACAUACAUUACAGCGACUACACUUGAGUAAUAAAACACCUGAGGGCUGCAGAUCAUCAGAGAUACGAUCUUUAUACUGUUGCUCUGUUGUCGGGUCUGAAUAUGAUCUUGAAUGGUUAUAAUUAUCAUUUAUAUUUUCCUUUUUUUUCUGUGUUGCAUUUCAACUGGCUAUGAGGUUCAGAAAAAGUGAAAGAAGAGUUGACACAGUGUAUUGAUAUUGGCCAGAAGUGGUGUGGUGAGUUCGUAACAGACUUGUUUUAAUGAUACUAGUAGAUUUGAAAAACCAAUACCACGGUGUAGAGUGAAAAACUUUGCAACAGAGGAAGUAAAAGCCAAGUUAACUGGGAAAGAUAUGAAGAGCCAAGAGAUACAAGCAACAAGAGACCUAUUUAGAAGGUUAUUAUACUUAGCCACCCAAAUUUAUAUUAAUCUUUCUACAGUUUUGAGUUACGCUAUCACCCCUGUACCUGCAUCUCUGGCACAUCUUAAUGGAUUAAUCAAUAAAACAGGAAAGUCUGUACAGUACUCAAAAAAAUUAAACGAAAGUAAACAGUCAUCCACCUUCCACAGCCAAUACUUGUGUUAUAGAUAUAAUGUUUCUCAUCAGAUCUCUAGUCAGAUCUCCCUGCUACCUUUGGCGGGGUGGCUGAAGUCCUGCUGCCAAAGUUGUGUGCUCAUGCUAGAUGUGUGGGCUUUGCGUGUGAUAUUUGUACGAGUCAAAUCAAAGAUAAUGAACGACACAUGCGUUGCAACUGGGGUCAACAUUGUUAUUGCUGGCCCUGAACAGAAACGGCCAAAUAACUUGAGUCAAGCAUUGUCAUCCGGCCUUUUCAAGACAUCACUCUUCAAAUUCCUUGUUGCUGAAUGGGAAAAGGACACCUACAGAGAAAUGUUAGACGUUCAUGAUAUCUAUCUAGCACUAGAAGAAGAGUGUUAUAAAUUUGUAGCAAAAAGAGGAUCAGUGUUUCGGCAGAUUGUACCUGAACUUGGCUGUCAGCAUGAGGAAGCAGACACACGAGCUUGUUUUGCAUGUGAACCAUAUCAAGGAAACCAUGACAGCUGCCCAGGUUAGUGUUAGAGCAAAUGACACAGAUAUAUUAGGGAUCCUUUUUUUACCAUGUUGCAAAGGGUACUGGUACGAUCAAAGUUUGGUUGGACCUUGGAUUUAACAGCAACAACUCUCGUAGAUAUAUAGAUGUUACUGCCCUUGCUGCUAGUUUAGGAGAGACCAUCUGCUCUGCCUUACCAGCAAUACAUACUUUUACAGGAUGUGACUACACAUCAUCAUUUAUGCGAAAGGAAAGAUAAAUCCGUAAAUAUCAAGGAAAAGUUUAUGGUUUUUUAGGAAACCUUUUCCAAGGUUGGGGAUUAUCCAGAAGUAUCUCCAGAUGUGAUCUUGUCAUUAGAUUCAUCUGUGAGUACUCUCUAUGGGAAAAGAAAGUUUUAAAGUGGAAAUGAUGGAAGAUUUGCUUUGUUUAGGCAAAAUACUGCACCUGCUACUCAUCGGCAUCCACUUGAAAAUAUUAAGCAUGGUGAUCCGAGCCUUCUUCCUCCAUGCAAAUCAGUUUUGGCUGAAAAAAAUGAGCGUACAAACUACAGUAUGGAAGAAGGUAGACACAACAACUCCAGUACAGUGGCAAGCAGAAGACAGCGGCUGGGAACUCAAACAUGGGCGGUCCACAAUAAAAUGGUUUUAAGGUGAUCAGAUUCCACAGGAAAUAUGUGUGGCAAUGGAAGACACAACCAUGCUAUUUGCAGAUGUUAGUGAAGAUGAAUUAACAUAUGAAUCAUCAGGCGAGUCAAAUUAUGAUUCUGACUAAUGCAUACUCACAAAUGCUCAAUUUAUUUUGUAACUAUGUAAUGCUGUGGACGACAUUCUAUUUGAAUUACAAUAGAAUUGCUUUAGUUGUUUAUUUAGUACUGGGGUAUGAGGUAUGAUAAAUAGAAACUAUAUGAUUGCUUCAUAAGAAGAUUGAGGUUGAUUCUCAUGUCAGUGUACCUUUGUUUUGAUGCACUUUAAUACCUUUAAAGUGCAGGUACGGUAUGACAUAAAUCUGUUUUGUCAGAGGUAUAUACUUCAAUGAUUGUAAUCAAACACGUAUACAGUUUGUCUACAGUUUAUCUUGUACUUAAUUGUGAUUCUAUAUGUCAGGGAUAUUACGCAUUUUUUACUUGUGCACCAUGAUAAUUAUCAUAAAUUUAGUUUUAAUGUAUGAUAACUGAGCUUCUGUGGUUUUUAUGUUUUAAUAUGUGAUAUCUAUGUUUCUAUGAUUUUUAUAAUUUUUAUUUUUGUUACUUAUAAAAUUCCAACACAAGUGCACAAAAUAUUAAGGUCAAAUUGCAAAUACGGAGAUGUUAUUUCCCUUUGUUUGUAAAGAAAAAAGUCGCCACCGCGCAGUACAAUUUUUAACCCGUUGCCACAGGUUUUUGGCCAGGCUGUAUCAGGAAAGAAAUGGUAUUUUGACUUACUCAUAUAAUAUACAGUUCAAAGAUACCAGCAAGUCUUUUGGCUUCAGACGGGUGAUUAAAACCCUCCCUAGCUCUUCCUCUAAACUGUGGCUCAAGGCAGCUUCACUCCUCUGGCGUACUCAACCUCUGGUGGUAUGGGACCAUGUACAAGGUGCUUCUACGCAAGACCGGCAGAGGUGUUAUCCGAACAGAAGCAGCAGCCCAGAAGUUACGUUGCAGCCUGGUUGAGAUCGGUGUCGACUGUCCUCUCUGCUUAGGUCUGCAUUCCUUUGCCUCAGGGAACAAGAUAUUCAGCCCCAAAGCCGACAACAGGCACAGAUAUUUACAAUGAAGCAGCAGUCACUGAAUGCUGCAUAGAUAUGCAGGGUAGCUACUUUUGUGUUAGGAUAAUUAAUGCAGCAGCAGCAGCAAUAAAACUGUGUAAUUAUUUUCUCCCUAAAACCGUCUUCACGGGAUAGCCGUCAAUGUACACACAGAUACUUCGACCAAGAACAUCAAGAAUGUGACCGAAACAUUGUGUGUUGUGUACAAGA